CUGGGACGGCGGUGUUACUCGGAGGAGGUGCGCUGGAUAUUUGACAUGGCUUCCAAAGGAUCUUCAGGUAAAAAAGAUGAUCAUAAUGAAACCCAAGAAAGAAAAUGUGGAAGACGGAAAACAAGACCUCCACACAGAUUUACAGAGCAGCAAUUACAGACUCUGGAACAAUCAUUUCAACAGAACCCUUACCCUACUUUCACAACCAAGGAAGAAUUUGCCGAUCAAUUCCACUGCAAUUUGCACGUCAUUCAGAAAUGGUUCAAAGGUAGAAGAUGCAGACUAUCACCUACAGAGAAAAAGAGAAUCUUUGCCAUCUGGAAAUUAAACAGGUUCCAUGUCGAAAGGUCUCAGUCCCUGGUGUCCCCAAAUAUCAAGGCACAAGACAACUACCCUACUAUGAGUCCGACUUCCUUGCAUGACCAGGAGACACUACCACAGAGAGCUGGCGACUCUUCACUGGAAACACAGACGAUUCCCAGGGGAUAUUUUGGCUCAGGUGACUCUGUGGUCACAGGCGUUAACAGGGAGCCAAGAUGUCCCCUCGAGUAUCAAGGUGCCCCAGCAAGUGGACCUUCUCCCCCCUCCACACCAGACUCAUUUAUUUAUCCUAAUGCAUCUAUGCAGUAUUUUGAAAAUGCCAAAUAUGAGGUAGGGCAGAGCCAGAAUUCACUAACCUUCCUUUCCCAUUAUGUUUUCAAUGGUCUGGGAAAAAGCCAGCAACAAGAGGAGUACAAGGUUCCUUAUCAAUAUUUGAUAUUUCAAGGACAGCUGCCAAACCACUGGGGAUACCAUCUGCAACAGAUACAACCACCUCAAUAUUAUCAAGAGAAUUACCAGUUGGCGUUCCACAACCAAUUUUUGCCAUACCAGAAUCCAAGUGAUUUAGGGCAACAGGAGCCCAAUCUUCCAUCAGAGCAGGAAAGUAGUGGAGGUGCCCUGAGCUCCCUGCUGCAGCAGGCACCUGUGCAAACAGCAGACAGGUCUCUACAACCUCUUGGAGAAGGAAAACAGCAAGUCCAUGCAGAGCAUCCUAGGUUUGAAAUCCAGCAGCUUCAGAAUGGGGUUUUUCCAGAUGUCCACUGCUGGGCCCUUUUCCAGUAAACAGAAGCCGUGAAAAACAAUUGUACAUCACCCUGUCUACAUGCAGGGAAGGGAAGGGUAAGGUCUUCUCUGGAGAAACUGUAGGAUGUAAAAUCAGAACAAUGAGAGGCAACAGGAGCAUCCACAUUUCCUAGAUUCACAUUUCUCAUAGCUUGUCUGUUACCAGUUUUGCCAAAAGACCCCUUUGGUUUCUCUUUCAGGUUUUCAGUGCCCUUCAUUUGUAUAAUAUUGGGUUUUUAAAUGCAAUUAUCUCUUCUAUUGAAAGAGUUGGGACUUUUGUUCUUUAACAUUCCUGUGGUCAUUCAAAUACAUUUUUCUCACACUAAAUAAAAUUCUUUGGAGUGGAGUAUUGCAUUCUAGGGAAUUCUACCUCUGUCAUAUAUCAUCGGGGCCUUUUUAAAAUGAACAAUUUGUGUCUGAAUAAUUUUUAAAGGCUAUGUUUAAACUUACCCUUUUCCUUCAUUGAGCUGCCCAAGUAGCUGGUCCUACAGCCACGUGCAUCCAUUCCAGCCUAAUGGACAUUCUGUUCUGCUGUAACUCAACUAAUCCAAGCCUAUGUACUUCUGUAUUGCUGGACUACUUUCUUAAUAUUUCGAUUUAAAAUGUUCCAUGUUAUAUU